AUUUUCUAGAAAGUACAGUAUACAGCCAAAGCACAGCGGAUUUUACGGUUUGGGGGGACAAUCAUUCUCUGCAAUAUACCAGCGACUGGAUAAAUCUGAGGCCCGUAUCAAUCCUUGCUGGUGGUUGCAUUACACAAGACACAUCAGUAAACAGGAACAGAGAGUCUCCGCGAGUGGACGGAAAAUGGUGUUCAACUACAUCCUGCGGUCUCUCCGCGGGACGAACCUCGAAGUCUUCAAGUUUGGAAUGUACCUCGCCUUCCCCAUUGGAUACAUGUACUACUUUGGCACGAACCUGGAAAACCGAUUCUCCGUGCGCGGGUUUUGGCCGACGCAAGAACAGAGCCACAAAAUCCCGUUUGAAAAGGACGAACUCGAGGCCGAAGUACAGCGAAUACGCGAGAACAUGAAGAGGCAGAACGAAUGGAAGGCGGCGCAGGCGCAGGCGGCGGCGGCGUCCUCGGAUCAGCAGCAACAGCAAAACCCGUCGCCAUAAGAGAAGACUUGAUGCAAUAGUUCAAAGGUCUAGAGUCUAAAAUGUGAAUACGACUUGAAAGGGAGAGCAGAUCAAUGCAAAAGAGCCCGGGGCUCUCGAUACCCGUCUCCCUCCGUCCCAAACCCCUUCAGCUCCUGGUCGAGAACGUCCAGCGGGAUCACUUUGAGACCCCUUUCGCAGGGCAUUGAACGUCAUACCGCAUCUUGCGACAACCCUAAACGAUGACCAGGUGAUGUAUACGCGCCUCGAGCGCGUGUAACGUGGCUUCCCGAGGAGAGUACACUGACAAUCGCAUCGAGUAUGCGAAGGGAAAGCGUCCAAAGCGUAGGGAGGGAAAGUGAUAUUUACUCCACUCAACCCAGGCUCAUAUCGUGCCGGCGGCGUAACAAAGUUAUGUCUACGCAAACACCUGCAGAGAGACGACCAUCGCGCAUGGGGAUGAAUUUUUGAGCUCGAGGAUGAAGAGCUUCAUGAUUCUUGUAUUAUCACAUAUCUCAAAAGGCAGACAGUUGUAGUAUUAUUGAAAACAUCACUACCAACGCCCAUGUUGUCC